GAAGAAUCGGAACCUCAAAUCGAAACUAAAGAAACAACAGAAGAACAGAAAACAAUUUCUGAAGAAAUCACUGAACAACCAAAAAAACAGAAAUGAUUGAAACCACCGAAGUUAUCGAAACCAUUGAGGAAACACCUGAUGGUGAUAAAAAGAUUGUCAAAAAGAUUAAAAAAGUCAAGAAACCGAAGGCCGAAAAGCCAGAAGAGAUUAAAACAGAAACUGAUGAAAUAAAAAUUACAGAAGAAAAACCAACCCAAGAAGAAAUUACUGAUCAGCCUAGUGAGCCAGAAUUGAUCGAAACCAUUGAAACAAUCGAAAUGACACCUGGUGAGAAAAAGAUUCUCAAAAAGAUCAAGAAAAUAAAAAAAUCGAAAGAACAACCACUUGAUGAAGAAUCGAAACCAGAAAUCGGUUAUGAAAAAUCAAUAGAGGAAGAGAAACCGAUUAUCGAAGAUAUUGAACAGCCUGUUGAAUCAGAAAUAAUUGAAACAACGGAAGUAAUCGAAACCAUUGAGGAAACACCCGAAGGAGAUAAAAAGAUUAUCAAAAAGAUCAAAAAAGUCAAGAAACCCAAAAUCACAGAAGAAAUUAGUUUAAAACCUGAUCAACAACAACCAAUCGAUGAAGAAUCUCUCGAAGAAGAGAUUCGUCCAAAAGAUCAAUCUGAAACCAAGAGAAAAAUAUUGAAGAAACCAAAACAAAAAGAAUCGAUCACCGAAGUUCAAGAAACGGGUGAUAAAGAAGUGAUUGAAGAAAUCAAAACAGAUUUCUUCGAAGAAAUUAUUGAAUUGCCCAAAGAUGAGGAACAAAAACCAGAAACAAUUGAAACGACACCUGAAGGUGACAAAAAAAUUGUGAAAAAGAUCAAGAAGACAAAGAAACUGAAAGAGGAAAAACCAGAAGAAAUGAAACCAGAAAUCAAAGAUACAAAACCAACUGAAGAAGAGAAACCGAUCCAGGAAGAUAGAACUGAACAACAACCAAAAGAAAAAGAAAUGAUUGAAACAACCGAAGUAAUCGAGACAAUCGAAAUGACACCUGAAGGUGAGAAGAAAGUUGUCAAAAAGAUCAAGAAAACAAAGAAGGCAAAAGAAGAGAAACCAGAAGAUGAAAAGCCAGAUGAAAAAGAGAAAGCAAAACUUGAAAAAAUUAUUGAACCUGGUAAACCAGAAAUGAUUGAAACAACUGAGAUUAUUGAAACUGUUGAAGAAACACCUGAAGGAGACAAGAAAAUUAAAAAAGUCAAGAAGCCUAAAAUUGAAGAAAUUAAACCAACAGAAGAUGAAAAGCCAAUCAUUAAAGAAAUGACUGAAAAACAUAACGAAUCAGAUAUUGUGGAAUCCACUGAAAUAAUUGAAACGAUCAUAGAAGACACAUCAGGAGAUGAUAAGAAAGUUGUCAAAAAGACUAAAAAAAUUAAAAAGCCAACAAAGACAACAUCUGAUGAAGAAUUAGUGGAAUUGAUUGACAUUUAUGAAGUAGUUGAAUCUAUUCCAGCAAUUGAACAAGUUGAUGGUAAAAAGAAAAAGGUUCAUAAAAUAAAGAAAAUCAAAAAACCAGAAGCCAUUGAACCGAUUGAAUAUAAAGAAGAACCAGAAGAUCAAGUGAUUCUGGAUUCAGAAGAUAAACCAGAAAAAGUCAUCCGAAAAAUGAAAAAAGAUAAAAAACCAAAAGAUCAGCGAAUUGAAUCAGAAGAAAUAUUAGAUGAACCAAAGACUGAAGAAAUCAUUGAAACUGUAGUGGAAAUCGUUACACCAGAAGGCAAGAAAAAAGUUGUUAAAAAGUUGAAGAAAAUCGAGAAAACUGAUGAAAUGAAACCAAAGGAAGAAGAAGAAAAAGCUCUGAAGAAUCAACAGAAAUGAUCGAAGAAAUUGAAACACCAGAAGGUAAACAAACCAUAUUGAAAAAAGUAAAGAAAAUCAAAAAGAUUAAAAAGGAAAAACCAAGUGAAGAACAAACAAAACCAGAAAUUGAAGAAAAACUGAUUCUUGAAAAUAUUGUUGAAGAGCAGCCUGAUGAACCCGAAGUGAUUGAAACAACCGAAGCCAUUGAAACUAUUGAAGAUACACCAGAAGGU